AAUUCGUGUGCGUUUCGAUGUAUUCUUCAUGGUUCGUGCCAAGCACAUGUAACCGUUUUACCGGCACUCGCUGUGAGAAACAUAACCGAAUAUGUUCGAAAUUUAAAGACAUAGAAGAGUUGAAGUGAACCAGCUUAAAAUGAACGGAGGAAUGGAUCGCACGAGUAAAAAGGACUCGUUUGCUAGGAAUUUGACGUCUCCUAAACAUCGUAUGUCGAUAGUGCAGUCUUUAAAAAAAAAUACUUCAACAUCCAGUGUAUCUGGACGUUCAAACCAGUCAGUUCAAAUAAUACGUAAAACACCUAAUCAUGUGGUAGAAAGUUUCGGAUCCCCUUUACCUGUUCUGGUCACAGAGGCUUUAACAUUUAUCGACACCAACACUGCUGUCAGUGUGAAUAUUUCUACAGAUGGUUGGGCAUGGCUUGUGUGCGGUCGUAGACUUCUUAUAUGGCAGUGCAAAACCACAAUACAUGAUCCAAAACAAAGAAAAACAUUCCAGAGUCAGUGUCGUGAAUUUUUAUUGCCUCAAAGUGAUCUAGCCCACAAAGCAGAAUGUAUAGCUGUGUGGUUGCCAUCUGGCCAUCAGGUUCCUAGUUGCAUGGCUGUAUCACCAGAAGGUAUAGUACGUUUUUGGGCUAAUAUUGCACACGAAGGAUCUUCCGUAGAAACAAAUGCUGAACUUGCUGGACAAGAAGUCAAUUGUCUUACCUAUGUUCCUGGACAUGGUUGUAUCUUGGCUACAACAACAUGCACGGUAGCACUUUUGCAACCUCAGUUUGCUAAUGGAAAAAAUAGUAUUAGUUGUCAAGUGCUCAGAUCAAGUCAAGGAUGGUUGGGUGGCAUAGGACGUAAAAUGACUUCUCUCAUCUUUGGGGCCAUACCGCAAUCUCCAGUUGUAGAAUCAAAAUUAGUAAAAGUUGUAUGCACAGAGUUGGGUAAUAGAGGAUCAAGAGUUCUUAUUUUAGCUGGUUCAUCUUUACAAUAUUGGUCCUUUCCUCACAAUGAACAGGAGAAGAUGGAAUUCGACGAAGAUAUAGGACACAUUGUUUUACAAGCAUUUCAAAAAGACAUUUCAGUAUCUAGCACUUGUAAUCUUCAAAGUAUGAAAACAUGGUUGGUUGAUAUGCAACCUUGCGACGAAGGCAUAGUAUUUUUAAUGGCAGCAUUAUCAAGCGAUGGAUGGAGUCUACUUCAUCUUGCCGUUGGUUUAAUAGAGUUAUCUUCUACAACAUUAGCGAAUACAUUUAAAUGGUUUAUACGAAUGAAAAAGAAUGCAAUUGUCAGUUUUGGCUAUUCCGAAUCACUUGUUUCUGAACGUAUUAUACUGUGUGGUUCGGAAGUUAUCAUAUACGGUGAUCAUGAUGCAGUUGUCGUAAAUUGUAUGUCCGAGCAUGAAGGAGAUGAAAUAAAGUUGGCAAAAAAAGAGGAUCAGAUUCUUGGUGGUGCCUUGUGUUCAGGAACUCCAGUGUUAUUUACAAAACUUUUGGGAUUGGUGUCAAUUACGCCAACAGAUUUUACGUCACAGGACUUCAAUACAAAUUAUGUUGAUACAACUACAAGUUCAGACUAUAACUAUCGACCCAAUGUAGCUACGCAAAAUUUUACUAGUCUAAUAAGCAAUGAAGAAGUUCAGGAUAUGUUUUAUAGUUCCGAUAGUGCAACGCAAUUACGAGCUGCCUUUCUCCUCAGUUUACGUCAAAAUAAGACGCAGUGCGAAGAGAUUUUAUCGCAAUUAUUUCCUUCGCAAGAAGAGGCAGUGAUGGAGAUAGAUGCUAGUCUCGAUACUCUGGCUUUAAAAGUAGCUCAGGAUUUAAUAGACGAUUAUCCAGCGAAUGAUCCACGCUGGUCUAACCACAGGGAUCUGUCAAUGACAAUAAACGCAGUUACUUCUAUGCAAAUACCUCAUCAGUUGGAAGGAAAACAAAAAGCAUUGGAUCUGUAUAUAGCAUUUCUGAAAGAACAUAACUUAUGGAACAGAUUCGGUGCAGUUGAGCACCGAGGCAUAGUAAUAACUACACCGCAUGUUUUUGGAGAGUAUGCCGAAAAAAUAGUUGCAGCAUUAACCAUAUAUAACCUUCAAAACAGAUAUCCAGAUAUUGUAGAUACUAUAAUUGAACAAACAUUAAGUCCCAAAUCUUACGUAUCCGAUGAAUUAACAUCGCGCGAUAUAUUUUACCGCGAAGUCAGUACAGUGCAUUAUUUUCUUCCCACCUUGGUAAACAAUGCGAACGAGGUGACACAAUCUGAAAGACCUAUUCAGCAAGUGGCGCAUUACAUUAUGCAAGUGAACGCCAUAUUACUAGGUGUGCUACACGAGGUACUUAAAUAUCGACAAUACAAUGCUGAACGAUUUACUCCUCCCGCAAGAAGUUCAGGUGGUACGACAGAAUAUCUUCCAUGGACUGCUGCCACAGGAAAAGAUGGACUGAGAAAUUGUCUUACCACAAUGUACAACUUAACUCUUAAGCACGGCGUGACCGGAACUAACGAUUCAGUAGUAAGAAGCGAAUUAUACGAGCAGUUAGUGAGUUUCAUAGAUUUAAUAUUAGACGGCCGGAAGUGUCAUUUGAAAAGCGUCAGAGGCGCAGAGAAGUUCGUGAUACUUCUGAAACAGUACGAAACGGACAGAACAAACUUAAUACAACCUUUAAUAAAGGAGGAGCAAUAUGAUAGCGCGACGAUGUUAGCCGAGAAGUAUUGCGAUUUCGCGUCCCUUAUACAGAUAUGCGAAUUAACCAACAAUAAAAACCGAUUAGAUGGAUACAUAGAAAAAUUCUCGGAUCAAGAUUUCGUAGGCUUUUUGUUUUCCUGGUACGUGAAAGAUGGUCGACAAGGUCAAUUAGUAGAAAAAUGUAGACGCGGGGGUACUGUGGAAUUAGCAGAAAAGUUAGCAGAACAUCCUACAUUGUCUUGGGUUCAGUCCGCGUUGACCGACGAUUUGCAAUUCGCUGCCAAUACUCUUUAUUCUCUAGCUACCGAAGAACGCGAAUUAAUGACUCGCAAGAAGUCCAUGCUCUCUUUGGCGAAAUUGGCUCUGCUUGCUUCCGAUGACGGCGAAUACGAGGUACAACGUAUGAAAAAAAUCGAUAACGAAUUAGCGCUAAUAGCUCAUCAAGAGGACGUACCUACUCAAGUACUCGUAACAUAUGGUUACGAUACGGAAAAAUUACGAGUAUUCACGCCAACAGAAUUAGUCAUGCUAUACAUAUCCGAGGAGAAUGAAGAUGCGAACGAGUACGAUUUCAAAAAAGCUCUUGAUUUACUCGAGUAUGUGGAACAAAAAGAUGAAAAGGAAUCUUUAAAGUUACGUAUUUGGGCACGAGCUGCGAAACGAGAUCAGUGGGACACAAUAGGAAAAAAUCCUGAGCAACAAGUACAAGAAUUAGUUUUCUUUAAGUUAAUGGAUCUGGCACAUUUUAUGGGUGGAUCGGCAGAAGAGUUUCUUCCGCCGAUUGAUACGCUACUGGUAGAGCCGGAAUUGGGAAGUCUUGCCGCGUCAAGUAACUUUCAGUAUCUAAUAAAAUUUGUGUACGAGUAUGCAUAUCACAAUUAUUAAGCCAUCCGAUCAAUUGUAAGUACGAAUAAAUUUGUAUUUUUUUAAUGUAAUAAAGUUUUAUCAGACUCGAAGUAUCAGAUAACGUUUCAAAUAAUUCUAUUAGCUUAUCUCUCUAUCGAAAGAUCCAUUAGUACGUAUAAUAAAUUCAAUACUCCUCGUCAUAAUAAAAUUUAUAUUAUUAUAUAACGUACGAAUAAAAGUGAAAAGAUUAAUGAGGCUAGCAUUACAUUUUGAUCAGCAGAAUUUUUAUCAUAGAAAAUUUGCGUUCUUAUAAUAAAUCUUACUUGGUCCGGUGUUCGGCAGUCUAUCUCUGUAAUAAAAGUACGCAAUGGAACGUGUUACGAGUUUCAUGGAUCACAUACAUUUCGUACUUACGUUCGACGAUCGGUAUUUACCUGCACAUUUGUAAGAGGAUGUAACAUUUUGUAUUUGGAAAUACAUAUCAGGGCAGGGAGAAGUAGUACCGCAUUUAAAGUCUUCGAACAAAGUAAUUUCCUUAUGACCUGCUAAUUCCAUGCAAUGGUAAUUUUCUUUUUCAUCCUGCUUAAAUUGUAUCCAUGAACACACUUUCAUUGCACCAUAGCCAAAAGUGUGUAUCUAAGUAAUUGAUAAUUUAAUAAUAAUAAUGUACAGUGAUAAAGCUCAUAAUUAUGAAUUUUUUUAAAUACUAACUGAAAUCGGUAUUUUCUUAAUAUUCUGUCUUCCGCGUGAAUGUAGUCUAUACGUAAUAGAUUUCGAAGGGCUUGCGUAAUCUUCAAACCGAGGAGUAAUACCUUUUGAGUUAUUUACAUCCAUUAAGACAUCGAAUCUAUUUGGAGAUAUUAUGGGCCUUAUUGAUCGUGGUACUAAAAAUUAUUAUAAAAGAUAGUUUUAUAUACUCCACUGAGAAAACUGUUUUUGUAAGCACAUUUUUAUGAUUUUGAUAAUUUCAGUUGAAUAAACACUAGAACGUACUUGUCGUUAUGUACUGAGUAAUACUGUUGAUGUUGGAAUUGCUUAUUAAAUGAUCUUCGGCCGAU